AUGGCCGUGUUAUUAAGCAUAUUAAAGAAAAGGAAGAGAGGAGAGGAGAGGAAAAGAGGGAGAGAGAAAAGAGGGAAUACAGGAGAGGGUAAGGGGAAUGGAAGAGAAGGGAAUACAAAUGAAAAAUAA